UAUUAUUUCUUCUUUUUUAAUGGAGCAAAUUUAUUUCAAAUUUACAAAGAGCAAAGAAGAAAGCAGAUUUUUUUAUAGCAAUAAAGUCAUAUGAAGAAAAAUAUACAUCGUACCAAAAUAUAUGGAGCAGUUCGAAUCAAACAAGUGUCUUUAUCGCUGUGAUAAAUGAAUCGGAGAAUGAAUCAUAUGCUAGUGGAAAUAUGUAUAUAUAUAGGUGAGUUCUUGGAGGCGGGAGAUAUCGUGUAAGAAAAGAGAAGGAUGCAUUUUCGAGAUCACGAAAGUUCCUCGUGCGUUUGAUUGUGAUUAAAUCGCACCGUGUAGCUGCUAAAAGGCAGCAUAACCUCAAAGCUGCGCAUGACAGUGUUAUUUUGGCGGCAAGGUCACACGUUGUCAGUUGUUAGAAAACCAAAGUCAGAGAGGUUUCUCGCUGCCAGAGAUAUAUAUAAGUACGCAGCUCUAAUUGAAAGAGGAAGUGCGAAAUUGCAUCUUUGGAACGACUUUUUACUUGGAUCAAAGAUGGCAGAGGAACGCAAAAGAAGGACGUCAACGGAGGAGAGUUUGCAGUAUAUCAGGCAAUCUCUAAAAUCGGAAGAAAUGGAUCAUUUGGAAGGCACUCAUUUCGACAGGCUUAUUCCGCAUCUGUUUAUUAUUCUUGGAGCAUCUGGUGAUCUUGCCAAAAAGAAGAUCUAUCCAACUCUCUGGUGGCUUUUUCGAGACAAUCUUCUGCCGAAACCCACUACCUUUUUGGCUAUGCUAGAAGCAAAUUGACGGUUGCAACAAUUGCGUGAAAAGUGUCAUCAAUAUAUGCAAGUAAAACCAGACGAGGCGAAAAAAUAUGAAGAAUUUUGGAAGCUAAAUCAUUACGUUGCUGGCUCAUAUGAUAAUGCAGAAAGCUUCGAACUACUAAAUGAUGAAUUGCGAAAAUAUGAACAAGGAGAAAUUGCACACAGGCUGUUUUAUUUGGCACUACCACCGAGCGUGUUUGAGAGCGUUACACGACACCUUCGACAUGUCUGUAUGGCAAAAAAAGGAUGGACGAGAAUAAUAAUUGAGAAACCGUUCGGCCACGACGCUAUCUCGUCGCAGAUACUCUCCGAUCACUUGGCAUCUCUAUUCAGCGAAGACCAAAUGUAUCGUAUUGAUCAUUACCUCGGUAAGGAAAUGGUGCAGAAUUUAAUGACUCUGAGAUUCGGGAAUAGGGUGUUCAAUCCGUCAUGGAACCGAGAUAAUAUAGCUUCGGUGCAGAUCACCUUCAAGGAACCAUUCGGUACUCACGGCAGAGGUGGCUAUUUCGAUGAGUUCGGUAUCAUCAGGGAUGUGAUGCAGAAUCAUCUGCUGCAGAUUUUGUCUCUAGUAGCCAUGGAGAAACCCACAUCUUGCCAUCCGGACGAUAUUAGAAACGAGAAGGUAAAGGUUCUGAGAUGUAUGAAGGAACUACAGCUUGAAGAUGUCGUUCUCGGUCAAUAUGUCGGAAAUCAAGAUACUGAAGAUCCGGAGGCACGUUUCGGUUACUUGGAUGAUCCUACGGUACCAGCAGGCUCUAAUACGCCGACAUUUGCUUUGGCGGUGCUGAAAAUAAAUAACGAAAGAUGGGAUGGCGUUCCGUUCAUUCUCAAAUGUGGAAAAGCUCUAAAUGAACGGAAAGCAGAAGUUCGAAUACAAUAUCACAAUGUAUCAGGUGAUAUCUUUGAUGGGAAGGCGAAAAGGAAUGAAAUGGUGAUAAGAGUGCAACCGGGUGAAGCUUUGUAUAUAAAAAUGAUGACGAAGUCACCUGGUAUUACGUUUGAUAUGGAAGAAACGGAAUUGGAUCUAACUUAUGGUAGUAGAUACAAGGAUUUAAAAUUACCGGAUGCUUAUGAAAGAUUGAUCUUAGAUGUUUUUUGCGGUUCGCAAAUGCAUUUCGUGCGAAGUGACGAAUUACAGGAAGCAUGGCGAAUAUUCACCCCCUUACUCCAUCGAAUCGACAAAGAGAAAAUUCUACCUAUUCCGUAUAAAUACGGAUCCCGGGGGCCUAAAGAAGCGGACGACAUGGCGAAAAAUAAUAAUUUCGCUUACUCUGGUUCGUACAAAUGGGUGAAGCCGUGACAUUGUGAUACAGGAUCAUUACACAGGGUGGACUAUUUUAAUCAAUACAAGCAGAUAUCUCAUAAAGUAAGCAAAAUAGAAAAAUAUGUUUUAUACAAAAGUUGUAGGAUUCAGAGGGGGACACUUGAUGAGGGCCAAUAAGGCCGAUUUUUGGGCCCAAGUGUCGCACGUUUUGAUCGCAUAUUUGUAUAGUUGAGGUCGAGAGCUUUCCGAAACACCCUAUGAAAACCUUUUUACGUUAGGAAAGUGAAAGUUAUAAACCCUUAAAGUUAAAGAAACACACAUGCAUGAAGUAGACUGCUUUAAUUUUGUGGUUAUUUAGGAGUUAUUUUAAGAUCAACUUGAUUUUUUUAAAUGGAACCACCAAUUUUUCAUAUCAUAUUUUCGUAGUUGCUGAUGUCGAGACCUUUCCAAAACACUAUAAUAAAACAUUUUUUAUGCGCCUAUACAAAAGUGU